AUAACAGCAAAACAUUAAAUAAUUAUAUAUAAUUUUAAAACCGUAUUACGCGUUAUGUAUAUAUAACACAUAAAAGUGUUUACAUAUAUGUGGGCCAAUAUUUAAAAUACUCUCUCAUAAUUGCAAGAUAUUAUAGAUACGCGUUUGUUUUGAUGUAUUCAUAAUAAAGCCGAUCAUCGUCUGGUUUUCGAAGAUCUAAUUAAAAUUUCAUCACCACAUAUUAUCUCAUAAAAUCUCUGUUCAACAAGUUAACUGUAUUACUUGGUGACUUAUUUAAUUAGAACAGAAGAAUACAAUCCUUAAGAAGGGUAUUUAGAGUAUAAACCCAUAAAUAAAUAAAAUGAAUAAAAAUCUUUUGAAAUAUAUUUCGAUUGCCUGUUUUACUUCAACUGGAUAUUUAGUAGGUGUAUAUACGGAAAGAGGUAAAUGGACUUUGAAUCACAAUUCCUCAAAAUUGAAGAACAUGCCAGGAUUGCCCAUUUUUGGCACAGUUUCUGCUGCAUCUCCUCUUUUACCAUCAUCUACUCCGGAAUUUCCGACUAGCGCAACCAGAGUUUCCCAAAUAAUGAAGUAUGGCUUUCCUAGUUUUGAUCAAAUUAGAUCUUUUGAUGAUUAUGUCCUAAGCUAUGACCGUAGAAAUAGAGUUGCUCAUUGGGUUUUUGAACAUCUAACUAAAGAUAAUGUUAAACGAAGCGACGAAGUGGACAGAUCUAAAUGUGAAUUCAAACCAGAUGAAAGUAUACAUGUUUUUUUCAGGUCUGAUAAUUCAGAUUACAAGAAAUCGGGAUACGACAGAGGACAUAUGGCAGCUGCAGGAAAUCAUAAAUAUAAUCAAAAACAUAUCGAACAAACUUUCUUCCUUUCAAAUAUGGCACCUCAAAUAGGUAAAGGAUUUAAUAGAGAUUCUUGGAAUAGAUUAGAAAAAUAUGUAAGAAAAUUGACUAAAAUAUACCCAAAUGUAUAUUGCUGCACAGGACCCUUAUACUUACCCAGGAAGGAAAAGGAUGGAAAAAAUUAUGUAAAAUAUGAAGUGAUAGGUGCAAAUCAUGUAGCAGUUCCUACACACUUCUUUAAAAUAGUUGUAAUGGAAACACCAGAUGAAAAAUUAGAGAUGGAAGCAUAUGUAAUGCCAAAUCAAGUUAUAGAUGAUAAUGUUCCACUAACUAGUUUCCAGGUACCACCAGAAAGUGUAGAAAGAGCAGCAGGAUUAUUAUUCUUUGAUAAGAUAACCAAAGAUAGACUAAGUAAAAUAAAUGGAAAAUCAAAAUAGUAUGACACAAUGCCAUAUUAUAAAUUGUAAAUAAAUGAUAAUAUAUAGUAGUGUUAUGGAUAAUUGUAGAGAAGAUCUACUGGAAUAGUCUACUUCAGUCUAUCCAUGUUGUUAUUUUCUGAUAUUUGUAUAAAGACAAUUCACAAUGAGAUAAAUGAUAUGAAACAAACGUAUUGCUACCAGGAGCUAACAACAUUGAUCCUGGGCAACAAAAACAAAAAUAAAUAUAAAACGGAACCUCCUCAUGGCAAAGGCAAAAAUUUACUACUUUAGACUUUAUUUGGUAAAAUGUUUUUAUAAGUAGACCAAAGACUGCAAAUGAAUUCUAAGUAAACUGACUGAAAACAAAAUUCUAUGAAUAAAAUAUAUUUAUAAUUUUGGAGAGUUUACAUUUAAAUAAACUAGAUGUGAGCAUCUAUUUUUAAGAUAGUA